AGGGCGGUGGUAGUUCGGACUGACAUCCUAACACCAGCAACGUGUCACCGACACACAUUCGUGUCUCCAACGAAAUCCCCCAACUCCAAAAUAUCUCCCGCAAUCCUUACCCAACUAUAUACCUCUCUGCACCUUUUUCCUUUUCCUUAUUCACUACUACUACUACUAUAGAGAAAUAAUUUCACACAUAAUCUAAUAAUUACAUAUAUUCACUCCCUUCUCGCCACCUUUCUCUCUCUAUUAUUAUUUCUCUCUCCUCCUGCAAUCCACUACCGCCAUCGCAAUGCCUCGCUGUCUCUUGGCGUGCUUCGGAAGAGGCGCCACUUCCUCCUCCUCCUCCAAAAACGAGUCGUCGGAAAAUGCCACGGCGGACUUGACGGCGGAGGAGCAGAGGAGGGGAGGGGCAGUGGUGGUGGAGCUGUUCUCGUCGCAAGGAUGCGCCACCUCUCCGGAGGCGGAGCUGCUGGUGUCAAGGCUGGGGAGGGGUGACUUCAACCUGGAAGUGCCGGUGGUGGUGUUGGCAUACCACGUCGACUACUGGGACUAUAUGGGUUGGAAGGACCCGUUCGGAUCGAGCCAGUGGACGGUGAGGCAAAAGGCCUACGUGGAGGCACUGAAGCAGGACACCAUUUUCACACCUCAAGUUGUGGUCCAAGGUAGGGCCCACUGCGUUGGCAAUGAUCAGGAAGCUCUCUUCUCUACCAUCGCCUCCGCACCUCGAUUCCCUGCUCCCACUCUCCAGGCAACGUUCCAGAGGCCUUCACCGGAGACCCUGCAAGUGUCUCUAACAGGGUCUCUGAGGAGUAAGGUGGACAGUCAAGGUGCCAAUGUCAUGGUGGCUCUAUACGAAAACAGUUUGGUGACUGACUGCACCAACGGUGAGAACAAAGGCCGAGUCUUGCCUAACGAUUUCGUCGUUAGGAAGCUCCAAAAGCUCUGCUCUGUCAAAGACAUCUCUGCCAAGAAGACUGUGACUGGAACUGUGAAUUUCUCAGUCUGGGAACGUUUCAAUGGCAGCAAAUGUAGCGUAGCGGUCUUCGUUCAGAAUAGCUCUCAUCAGAUUUUUGGUGUGCAGAACUUUCCAUUGCCAGAUGAUCUAUGAGUUUCACAGCUUCAGUAUGUCUAAAUGGUUAAUUUUGGGCUAUGUAUGGUGUUUCCAGCUUUCAAGUUUGAACAUCUUCUCUUGUAUGUUUCAAUGAUCAUUGUGGCCAAGAUUUAUUUUUAGUUGUUAUGUACAGGAUAACUAUAUUCAGGUUUAGGUUAAUAGCUUUUUAUUUCUUUUUCUUUUUGGGUUUUAUUUUUUCUGAUUUCAUGUUUAGGAGAUUGAGAGAGAAUUCAAUGUGCGUUGGUGUUUUGGUUAUUUUAGUUUGGGAUUAAAAAGUUUUAUUUGAGAUGA